AUGGAGCGUGACACGCUUUGCGAAAAGUGCAGGCAAAUCGAAUUCUCGGCGCUGUCGACCCCCACGCUUGCUGAUGUAUAUCGGGCACGGAAGGAUAUCAGCAGAGGCGUGCCGCUGUUCCUUCCGCAAGGGACCUGGCGGGGUCCCGGAGAACCACCACAGGUGAACAAGGUCAAUCUCGGAUCCCUUGAACGGAUCGAGCACGAUUCGACUCUUGGCUGCAAGCUGUGUGCGGUGAUUCUGGACGUCGUUCACCGGCAAGGCGGCUUCAUUGCUCCGGGCGUGGCUCUGCCCAGAGGUAACGAGGUGCACUUCUGGGCAGAUCCUUCGGCUUACUAUGGAUGCAUCACGGAUUCUUUCGAAGACAUCGAGUGGAGCUCAAACAAUGCUUACUUCGUGUUGAAACGCCUGUUGGUCACUGCCACCAGGACUGAUACAGAAGAAACAGUGGCAUAUUUCAACAGCAUCGUCCAGCCUUGCAACGUGGGAACCUCUCGCCCUUCAGCCAAGGGGGCUCAAGUCAAUGGGGAGAAUGGUAGAUUGUUCUUGGGUAGAAUGCGUCCAGUGGUUCUGGACAUGAAUCUCCCCAGGCAGUGGAUAGAACUUUGUGAAUCUACGCACGGUUCUCUUAUGAUAGAAGUAACUGAUCUCAUAAUCUCUGCCAUCAGACCAUUUCGACUUCGUCUCAUUGAUGUCAACGAGAGGUGCAUUCGAUUCUUCGAAGAAUAUGAUCCGUCAGACUCACAUGCUGCCUUUGCAGCUCUGAGUUAUGUCUGGGGUCGGAAGCCCCAAAAGCUCCUCCUGACGGCGGAGAAGGAACCCAUGUUGACUAAGCCGGGGGUCAUCGGCAAUAAUAAUGUGUCCCAGACGAUUUACGAUGCUAUCGAGGUGACUAAAUCAUUGGGUUUGGGUUAUCUCUGGGUCGACGCAAUCUGCAUUAGGCAGGGUAAAACGCCAGAAGACGAGCGAGACAAAGCAGAACAGAUUGGAAACAUGGCCGAAAUUUAUAGAUCUGCUUUCCUUACUAUUGUUGCUGCUUCUGGAAAGGAUGCGGAGGCCGGGUUAGCUGGGCUGCGCCCCGGCACGCGCUCAUUUCCACAGCAGGAGAUUGUAGUGAUACCACCAGACCAAGAUCAGCCAGGCCUGUCUCUGUUGAGCGUCUGCAAACGAAUCCCGAAACAUUUCGGCGAGUUCUUCGAUAUGCGAGAUGAGGAUGCCGACAACAGCACAUGGAACACUCGCGGCUGGACGCUGCAAGAGCGAGCGCUCUCCCGACGAAAUCUCAUUUUCACCGAGGAGCAAGUAUUGUGGGCAUGCGACGGUGCAUACUUUUGCGAGGAAACUGCCUUCGAGCACCCCAUCAAUGAGACAAGGCAUCUUUCCGAGGAGAAUAAUCCAAUUCGGUUCGAGUUGUUAAAUGGGUCUCGGCUCAGCGCGGCCAGUUUACGGAGCUUAGACAGCAAGAUGGCACAGAUUUUGUCCUCAUCGAAAGGUUUCUGGAACAGAUACAGGCUGCUGGUGCGAAACUUUUCGAUGCGCAACCUGGGCUUUCCGGGUGACAUCCACGACGCAUUCCUCGGAAUUAUGCUGGCUAUGCAGCGCAUUGGUAACGAGCACUUUCACUGGGGCCAUCCGCGUUCGCGCUUCGAGCUAUCGCUUUCCUGGUCUACCUUUCAUACGUUGUCUAAACGGUCCGCUAAGACCACAUUGCCCAUGACCUCGCUCAAUACGCACGUCGACUUCCCAACGUGGUCCUGGAUGGGCUGGGUAGGGGAGGCAAGUGUGUCAGUGAGCGACGAAAGACUUGAGACUGAAACACCGACAGUCUUGUGCUUUGGCCACAAGAGCAACCCACUUCGGCUGACACGCAUCGGCGGCAACAACGCGAACGAGGACAUGCUGGAGCAUCCGAGUCUGGAAUCCCAAUGGCUAGGAGGAAGCACUCGCAGCGAAGUUAGCCUUGAUGAUAUCUCUGAAUACCUACCGGAACUUACACAACCCAGGCUCCAGGAGGUUCCCGACGAGCACGUCCUAUUCUUCUGGGCAAGUACCGCCUUCUUUCAAGCACAUAUGAGCGAGGUGGAAGAGCGACAAUUGGCAACGUGGAGCGAUUACGCAGCUGCCAAACGACCCGUCAUUCAUGACUUGAAAGGCGUCGUAGUUGGGGAGCGUAACUUCGUGUCGUCGGCCACGAUGAGAGGACUCGAUGGCUCUCUCGCCGAAUUCAUAGCUGUGGCAUGGCGAAAGAUUGCAGACCUUGAUCUCCCUGCUACAGUUCUUGCUUUGCAAAUCAGGUGGGUAGAUGGGGUUGCACAGAGACUCAACUACGCCGAGAUUGAUGAGGUUGCAUGGGAGGAAGCGAGUCCGACAUGGAAAUUAAUAGCUCUAAUGUGA